UCCCACAUCCUGGAUGUGCAUCAUAUGAAUGGUUCCGGUCGGCUUUCACAGUCCAGCUAACGCUUUCGCUUUCCCCUCGUCCAGUUCGCCUGCUAAAUAACUACUUUCACAGGUUGUUUUACGUUUCCUUUUCUGUGCCCAAAAUGCCUUUAAAGUUCGAGCUGUGUCCCGGUAGAAUGAUCGGAGGAAAUCACCCGUGCUUCAUCAUUGCUGAAAUCGGACAAAACCACCAGGGAGACAUUGAGAUUGCCAAGAAAAUGAUCAAAAUGGCAAAGGACUGUGGUGCUGAUUGUGCCAAAUUCCAGAAGAGUGAAUUACAGUACAAAUUCAACAAGAGAGCCUUGGAGCGCCCCUACAAUUCAAAGCACUCCUGGGGAAAAACUUACGGUGAACACAAGCGCCACCUGGAGUUCAACCAUGAGCAGUAUAGGGAACUGCAAAAAUAUGCUGAGGAGGUGGGGAUCUUCUUCACUGCCUCUGGGAUGGAUGAGAUGGCAGUGGAGUUCCUCCAUGAGCUCAGUGUGCCUUUCUUUAAAGUGGGCUCUGGAGACACCAAUAACUUCCCAUAUCUGGAGAAGACUGCCAAGAAAGGACGUCCUAUGGUGGUGUCCAGUGGGAUGCAGAGCAUGGAGACGAUGCGUCGGGUCUACAAGACAGUGAAGGAGCACAACCCAAACUUUGCCAUUCUGCAGUGCACCAGCGCCUAUCCUCUGGAAGCUGAAGACGUCAACCUCAAAGUGCUGACGGAAUACCAGAAGGAAUUUCCCGAUAUUCCCAUUGGGUAUUCCGGCCAUGAGUCUGGGAUCAAUAUUUCAGUUGCAGCUGUAGCUCUGGGGGCAAAGGUCAUCGAGCGCCAUGUAACCUUGGACAAGACAUGGAAAGGAAGUGACCACGAAGCCUCGCUGGUGCCCAGUGAGCUAGCCGAGCUUGUCCGUUCCAUCCGACUGGUGGAGAGGGCGCUCGGGGACGGCGUCAAAAAGAUGUUACCUUGUGAGAAGCCGUGCCAUGAUAAGCUGGGUAAAUCCUUGGUGGCCAAAGUCAAGAUCCCCAAAGGGACCGUCCUGACUCAGGACAUGUUGACGGUGAAGGUGGCCGAGCCCAUGGGGGUCCCAGCCGAGGACAUCUUCCAGCUGGUCGGUAAGACCGUGACGGAGGACGUGGAGGAGGACGAAAGCGUCUUGCCAGAGGUGGUGGAUACGUACUGCAAGAAGAAGAAGUGCUGAGGUUGGCAGACAGAUUUAAAAUUGGUAAAAAAGGGCACUUCAUUUGAGAGGAAAUGUAAGUGAUUCCUGUGGGGAUAAUUCAAAAGGAGCUUGUGGGAUGGUAAUUUAGUUUGGUGCUGCUGAGAGUAACUACCUGCAUAAUUGGACAGUGCAUUAGUCUGAUAAUUUGAAUAUAUCGAAUCUGAUGUUCAAACAGAUAAGUCUUUGCCAAAGGAUUUUUAAUUUUCUAAAAUCUGCCUUAAUUUAAUACACAAACUUUUUGGCAAACAGGCUCCUAGAUAAACCCAUCAUUAUCUUACAAGAGGCCCAGUAGUAGUUUCAGCUCUGUGGUCGGUACUCGUGUAGGGCUUUCUGAGGUAACACAAAAGCCAGUUGUUACUGUUAACUAAACAUACUUUGCACUAUAUUUUUAGCACGCACUGUAGAGAUUAAGUUAGUAUUGAACACACGAAGCUGCUACUAGUCCUGUCAUCACACAACAGUGAGAUCACAGAGCCCAUUUGCCCAAGGGUCAUUGUAUUCUUCUUGUACUUGCUCAUUAAUUUAAGUUUGUGAUAUCGGGCAGGGUUUGUAUUUGUACUGUUCUUUGAGAGAAGCGAAAUUAAGACUACUGGAGCCAGAUGCUUUUCAAAACCAAAAGAAGAAAUGUGCAUUAUAAUGUUCGCUCUCCCAUUAACCUUGUUUUGGUCCUGAACCCAACUCCUUCCAUUUUUGUUCUAGCACCGACAACGUCCUCUAAUCACGAUGGCAAGAUGAAGGAUGUUGACAUGUUCUGUUGAGACUCUGUUGAUUAUGUUCUGAAAAGAUGAAGCCUCCAAAUAAAAAAAUCCUAAUUCCCUCCUUGA